AUGGAUCCAAACAUCCAGGGGUCUUUCCUGUUCAACAACAGCCUGAACCAAUUCCCCUCGGACCUCAAGGCACCAGUGUGCCAGUACUCAGUGCCCAACUCUUUCUACAAGCUCAACCCGGGCCUGAACAGCCAGCUGCCAGCAGGGACCCCUCACGGCAUCAGCGACAUCCUGAGCCGCUCCAUGGUAGGGAUGGGCACCACUGGUACCACCACCCUGCUGUCCGGAUACUCCACCAUGGGGGGGUUCGGCCCCUCCGUCACCAGCACGUCUAUGUACUAUAACCGAGACUACAACUCCUCCCUGGGCGGCUUCUCCAAGCCUGGCGCCGAGUGCCCCAUGAAGGGUCUCAGCGUGAGCUGCUGGGCAGAGAGCGGCUGUGACUGGAGAGGAGGGAGGCAGCAGUGCACCAACAGUAGCGGUCCUCUGGGGGAGAUGUCGGGCAGGAAGAAACACACCAGACCGACCUUCAGUGGACAUCAGAUAUUUGCUCUGGAGAAAACCUUCGAGCAGACCAAGUACUUGGCCGGGCCAGAGAGAGCGAGACUGGCUUAUUCUCUGGGCAUGACUGAAUCUCAAGUUAAGGUGUGGUUUCAAAACCGACGCACCAAGUGGAGGAAGAAAAGCGCCUCGGAGCCGAGCUCCACGCAGGCCAGCCACGCGGGGCAGAGCGGCGAGGCCUCGGAGAACGAGGUGGAGGACGAGGAGUACAACAAACCUCUGGACCCCGACUCUGACGACGAUAAGAUCCGACUGCUGCUGCGCAAACACCGCAGGGCUUUCUCCGUCCUGCGCCUCGGACCACACCACGUCUGACACACAUGAUGCAAAUUACGCACAAACACACUCACACACCUAGAUGUACACACGCUUCUCAGCAGACCUGCAUGCUGUAAUAAAACGUGUACAAAGAUAAGUUAAUUAGUUUUCAACACAGAGUUGAUCAGUGAGCAGUUAAGCAUGUUCAUUUAUGCCCAUCCAACAAAACAGCAUUAAUGGACAGACUAAAAAAUUAAGCUGAAAAAAAAGUUUACUUUUGUAAGUUAUUACUGUAAAAAAUCACCUCUGGUCUGUUUAAUGUUACACUGGUAUGUGAGGGAGUAAUGUCAUACACAUCACUUUACUAAAAAAAAGGUUAAGAAAAUGACAUGGAAAAAACUGCAUGAUGCUCUAGAUAAUAGUAAUUAAAACAAAUAUCUUCAUUAUUUGUUCUCUUUUUAUUUUAUUUCUGUAGUUUCUUUUCCAUUUCUGUGUUUAUUUGUAUUCUGUUUGCUCUGGUUAAUUUAUAGGAAGGAGGAGAAACUUUCUCAAUCCAUCAAACUCAAUAUACUCCAUGUUUUAAGGUAAAAACCAACUAUCUCACAGUACAAUAAAGAGUAUAUGGCACACAUUCUCAGUCAUUGGAUCCAAAUUGCAGAAAAUUCAUUUUAAAUUUUUUUUAAAAUGGAUAUACCAGUAGAUGAAGUCAUUAUGGGAGGUAAUUUUAUUUCAAGGGAAUUGAGCUUUAUCAAGAUUUGACGUUGUUAAACCAUAUGUGGGUUAAUGCAGAUAAACCACAGGCCUACAGGGUGUAGAAAGUCACAUUUUUAUAUAUUUUAAAUCAAGAAGAAAGUGCACAAGCAUGUUAAAACGGAUAUAGAAAAAGGCUCUGCUAACAUGUCAUUACCAAUUAUUUAUAGUCCGCAAGUAUGAUUUGUAAUUCUGCUACAUGCUUAAAUUGAAUGCUGACUUGAGGUUGGUUAAAGUAUUUUAAAAUGACAAGCUUUGUUUCUCAUUAUUGUAUACAUGCUUUUGAAAUACAUUGUAAGAAAAAAGACG